AUGAACUCUGACACCUUAACUAGCCCUGUUUAUGACUUAGAGCAAUUUAGAACUAUAAAAGAAGCAUACGAAAAAAAUGAAUUAGCAUAUCUCGAGCAAUAUUAUUCAAAGCAUUACGUUGUUGAUCUGAGAUUAGCACCAACGCAUCCUUUACUUCAACGAUCAUUGGCUCAGAGCUCUUCUGAUUAUAAUUCGUUAAACAUUCAAACUAUAGAAUAUGAUGUUAAGGUUAAGAGCUCGAUUAAUAAGAAAAGACAAGAUCCUCUUUUAAUUGAUACCGAAAUUUGUGUCAUUACAACUAAAGAAGGAAAGCGGUAUAGCAUUAAAGCUGGCGUCGUAGGUUGGAUUAUUGAUAUCAAUAUGAGAUUGGAACAUGAAAAGGAAUUGCUGCAAAAUAAGCCAUUUAAAGAAGGUUACAUUGCAAUUAUAAAACCUAAACAAGAGAAUUCUGACAAAUCAUUAAGCCAUUGUUUUUCUGAAGUUAAAAAUCAAAAAAAAUUUAAUGAUGAGAAUCCUACGUUGGCCUCAGUGAGCCAUGAUACUGGACCUGUAACAAAACCUUUAGAUGCUGAUAUAUCGAUAUAUGCAGAUGGUCAUGUGAGAAACGAUUGGGCAAAACAUGAAAUAAAGUCUAUAUAUGAUUCACCUAUAAUGAAUCUUUUAUAUUACGGUGCAAAAAUACAUCGUAAAUAUCAUGAUCCACUUGCCGUACAACAAUGUACGCUCUUAAGUAUCAAAACCGGUGGAUGUUCUGAAGAUUGUGCAUACUGUCCACAAUCUUCUAAAUAUAAAACCCCCGUCAAGGCAACAAAACUGUUAGAAAACGAUGAUGUUCUUACGGCGGCUAGAAAUGCCAAAAAAGCUGGUAGUACCAGGUUUUGUAUGGGUGCUGCUUGGCGUGAUCUUAAUGGUAGAAAAUCCAACUUUAACAAGAUUUUGGGAUAUGUGGAGGAGAUUAGGGCAAUGGACAUGGAGGUUUGUUGCACUUUGGGUAUGUUGAAUGAAGCCCAAGCCAAAGCUCUGAAAGAAGCUGGUUUAACCGCAUACAAUCAUAAUUUGGACACAUCCCGUGAAUAUUAUUCAAAGAUCAUAACCACUCGAUCCUAUGAUGAGCGACUUGAAACAAUUUCAAAUGUUCAAAAUGCAGGUAUUUCUGUAUGCUCGGGAGGUAUUAUUGGGUUAGGUGAAACUCCUGAAGAUCGCGUAAAUAUGUUACAUACUCUGGCAACGUUUACAACGCACCCUGAGAGCGUUCCUAUUAAUGCGCUUGUGCAAGUUGAAGGUACACCAUUGGAAAAACAAGAGCCUGUUUCUAUCUGGGAAAUGAUUAGAAUGAUUGCGACUACUCGCAUCAUCAUGCCUAAAUCAAUGGUUAGACUAUCUGCUGGCCGAAUACGGUUUUCCCAACCUGAACAAGCUUUAUGUUUUCUUGCUGGUGCAAAUUCUAUUUUUACUGGCGAUAAAUUAUUAACAACAGAUAAUAAUGAUUUUAAUGCCGAUCAAGAAAUGUUUAAAAUUCUAGGUCUUACACCAAAAGCCGCUAAUUUCAAUCAAGGUUCUUCUCCAAUGAUUAAUAAGCCUUUGAGCCUGAACGAUCAUGAUAACAAGCAACAACAAAAUGAAUUCUAA